AUGGAACAAAGAUGGCAGGCGUCAUGGAUACUGAAUCUCGCAAUAUCGUUGUUAUUUUGGAGAAGCACCAUGGCACAGACAAAAUAUUCUGUUCUGGAAGAGCAGAAAGAUGGAACUGUGGUUGGAAAUAUAGCAAAGGAUCUGGGUAUUGAUCACAAAAGCCUGAAGGAAAGAGGAUUUCGCGUCAUUUCAACAACGGUAGAUCCUUUGUUCAGGAUAAAUCAAAAUGAUGGUGUCUUGUAUAUCAACGGGGAAAUUGAUCGGGAAAAGGUGUGUGAGAAAGGGAUCUCGUGCUUGGUUAAUCUGAAAGUAGCUCUUGAAAACCCAUUGGAGAUACAUUACGUAGCAGUUGAGAUUGUGGACAUAAACGAUCAUGCUCCGAUAUUCCCGGAGAAGGAAAAACGUCUGGAAAUAACGGAAAGCCUCUUAUCUGGGUCACGGUUUCAGUUACAAGCAGCUCGGGAUCCAGACAGUGGUACAAAUUCGGUGCAAACAUAUAAAAUCAGCCAUAAUGAGCAUUUCCGAAUUGAGGUUAAAGACGGAGGAUCAGAUCGAAAAACGCCUUUCUUAAUUUUACAGAAACAGUUAGACAGGGAAACCAUUCCUACCCAUGAGCUCUUCCUUACAGCACUGGACGGUGGAAAACCCCCUAAAACCGGGACUAUACAAAUAACUGUAGAUGUCCUAGAUGUAAACGAUAAUAGUCCAGUUUUUACGAAAGACUCUUACUCUGCUAAGAUUGUUGAGAACGCACCAAUAGGUACAACUGUAAUACAGGUGAACGCAACAGACUUGGACGAUGGUUUAAACGGUGAGGUGUUUUACUUGUUUGGUCAUGAUGUUGACAAUGACGUGCGUAAUAUUUUUAAUUUAGAUCCUGUUACAGGAGAAUUGUUUGUGAAGGGAAAGAUAGAUUUUGAAAAAAGAGACCAAUAUGAGAUUUACAUUCAGGCAUCGGAUAAAGCAACUGCUCCUAUAACAACAGAUAAGAGCAUUUUAAUAUACGUUAUUGAUGUAAAUGAUAAUGCACCAGAGAUUGAAGUGACGUCAUUUUCGAGCACAGUAGCAGAAAAUUCGAAGUUGGGAACUACGAUAGCACUAAUAAGUGUAAGUGAUUUAGACUCCGGUGUAAAUGGAAAAGUGUUAUGCUUGUUACCUGAAAAUCUACCUUUUACGUUAAUACAGUCCUCACAUGAAAAUACGUACUCAUUAACAACUGCGUCUCUGCUUGACAGAGAGAAAAUAUCGCAAUAUAAUAUCGAAUUAGUCGCCAAAGACGCAGGGAAGCCUUCAUUGUCGUCUAUUAAAACAAUUACAGUUCUGAUAUCUGAUGUAAAUGAUAAUAGCCCAGAAUUUUUCUUUAGCCCAUACGUGUUUUAUGUAGGAGAAAACAAUGUACCAGGCAUGCCCAUGUUUUCCGUAUCUGCUUGUGACCAUGAUUUCGACAAAAACGCCUUGAUCACCUACCAGAUUUUGCGAGACACCAGCAAGGAAAACAAAUUUUCUUCAUUACUGAACAUAAACUCUGAAAGUGGCGAGAUGAUUGCACUAACAAGUUUUGACUUUGAGACAUUAAAAACAUUUCAGUUCCAUGUUGUUGCCACAGAUUCUGGAACUCCAUCACUGAGCACCAACGUCACAGUGAACGUUUUCAUUUUAGAUCAGAACGACAAUGCUCCAGUGAUCUUAUAUCCAAUCAGUGCUAACGGUUCUGCUGAAGGUGUGGAAGAGGUUUACCGCGAUGAAAAUGCAGGAUAUUUGGUGACUAAAGUGAGAGCAUAUGAUGCGGACAUAGGAUACAAUGGCUGGUUAUUGUUUUCACUCCAGGAAGUAAGUGACCACAGUCUCUUCGGUUUGGAUCGCUAUACAGGACAGAUCAGGACCCUUCGCGCAUUCACAGAAACAGACGAUGCCAACCAUAAACUGGUCAUACUGGUUAAAGACAAUGGCAAUGUUUCACUUUCAGCAACAGCUACUGUGAUUAUUAAAGUUGUGGAGCCCAAAGAGGCCUUUGCUGCAUCAGACGUUAAAAGCACGACAAGAGACAAAGAGGAAAAUAACAUUACAUUUUAUUUAAUCAUUACUUUGGGUUCGGUUUCGGUGCUUUUUGUCAUAAGCAUACUCGUGUUGAUAAUAAUGCAGUGCUCAAAACCCACAAAUUAUUCCUCAAAGUAUUUACAAGAUGCAGCUUAUGACGGGACAUUGUGUCACAGCAUUCAGUACAAAUCUGCGGAUAAACAAUAUAUGUUGGUUGGACCCAGAAUGAGCACUGGUUCUGCUAUAGUUCCAGGCAGUAACAUGACUACUCUAGUAGUACCAGAUCGCAGAGGGAUAGACUCCAGAGAGGUAAGCAGUUGCUAAGUAUUAUGUAUAUUCAAUCUCUAUUUAAAAUGUUUACUGAGCACCAUUUG